UCAGUCUCCAGUGGCUGUCUCUCUUUGUGUCUCUCCCCAUCUCUGUCUCUCCCUCUCUCUCUUUGCCUUUCUUGGUGACUCAUCUCUGCAGCGUUGCCCUCCUCCGGCUCUCUGGGUCUCCCCUCCCCCAUUCAGGAGUGGGUGGGGGUCUGAGGGAAUGGGGCCCCAGACUAAAAAUCAGGGUGAGCACCCCCUUCCCAUCACUCAUCAUUCCAGACCCUCCAGUGUGGCCCCCAGCCCUCUCCCCAUCCCUGUCCCAGGAGUCCACACCCCUAGGGUGGGUAGCAGGUAGGACAAUGUGUUCUAAAUGGGUCCAUUUUCAGGGGGCCUUUAGCUCCUUCCUUCAAUGCAAAGUAGGUACCCCUGCCCAUCUUACAAAGUACCCUCUCCCUGCCUGUCCCCCUAUGGCUGACGCAAUGAAAGGCUGCAGAGGUGAGUCACCAGUUGGGGGGAGGGGGAGGAGAAGAGGGGGAGGGUGAGCUUCGGGACCCCAAACCCCUGCCCCCUCUUUCUCUCCCAGCUCUUCUCAAGGAAAAGACUCAGUGCUCUGCCCCCUCCCCUGGUUUUCCAGAUCCUCAGCCAGGAUCACUACUCUGCUGGACCCCAUCUUCCCCUCCUACCCUCUUAGAGAGCAUGGGCGGUUCAGAAACAAAGACAGAGAGAGAUGAAUUCAUACAAACAACUCAGAGCAAAUGCCAGGAAUCCCCUCCAGGUCCCCAUCUCAGCUCUGCCUUUUCCAGCUUUUUCUACAUUUAUCUUUCUUUCCUGCCAUCUCCCUCCUCUCCCCAUCCCAGGAACCUGUCCGUAGUCCAGCCCUUUUCCAGAAGCCCCAGAGGCAGCAGCGUACGAAGGGCACAGUUCAUGCCCAGUAGGUAGGGGUGUGUGUGUGUGUGUGUGUGAAUGAGCUGACCAAGGUAGGGAACUGGGAUGGAGAGAGGUAGAAAGAGACCAUGCAGACAUGAGGGGUCAAGACCCAGACUGUGGAAUCCCCAAGCCUAUUGCCUUUGGCGCUUCAUGCUUCCACCUGCCCCCACCCAACCAUAGGAUGUCUGAGGCUCUUGGGAUGUCAAUUUCUGAGAAGCCCCCUGAGCUUCUGAGCUUAAGUGAAGGGAAGGAAGGAUGGGGAGUUGGGGGGAAAUGGAGGAAUGGGGAACACUCUGAAAACAACGGGCAGGGACCCAGAAAUUGUGGGCUGCAGCCGAGUGGCUUGGACUCUGAGGCUUUACUGCGCAUAGAUCUAGAAAUGAAGGUGAAUCGGGGGAGGGGCAAGAAAGAUCAAAGCACAGGGAAGUCCAUAUACCCACCAACGUUUACCAACGUAUAGACAUGGAGGGAUCCAGAGAAAUGCACAAAGUCACACACACACACACACACACACGAUUGUGUACCACCAAGCCAGACACAUGUUUCAGACACCAACAGAGUGCACCUAUCUGGUGCUAGGUGCACUCAAAGACUUGCAACUGUAUAGGUAUACAGGCAUUCAGAAGAGAUGGGAACCCACACACAGACACCUGGAAACAAGCAAAAACACAGACGCACAGAUUGCAAGAGAAGAUCAAAUAUUUAAAUUGGAAGCACUGCCAUGCCCAUAUACUCUCGAUCUGAUUAAAUACAUAAUUGGUCAAUCUCGAUACACACAAAAACACAUAUACACACUCAUGUACAUGCAUACACAGUUGCGUGCAUGCACAUACACACACACACAGAGGCAAAUACACAAACAAUUUCUCUAGGUGUCUGUCUCCCCUCAUCUUGCACUUGGUCUCUAAUCCCCAGCAGCCUCUCAGUCAGACCCCCUAGGCUCCCUCUUUCCCCCUUCCUUCUCUCUCUGGUGGCUUCCCCUCCCCCUCUCCAGAUGUCUGAGCCAUCUCUCUCUGAUUCAUCCUCCUCGAGAAGGUAACGUGACCCCCUCCCCACCCCAUUGCUCUCUGUAACCAGGCUGGGAAGAUGAAGAGGAGAUGGGGAGGGAAAGAGGAAGGAGGGGAGCCUGGAGGGGCGAGGGGAGACCCUGGAGAGUUGCUUGCGAGUGUGGGGGGAAAAUGAGGCACUGCCUCAGGGUCUCCUGUCCCUUCUUUUCCUUCCUUUCUUUGGAAUCUCCAGUCACCUUGGUUCUCAGUGUUUUGUUUUUUUUCAUCCUUUAGUCUGCUCCUUCUACCUGUUCCAGAUUCCUUCUUUCCUUCCCCCUUCCCUGUCCCCGUCUCUUCUCUAUUUCCUUUCUCUCUACUCCUCCCCACCUCUUUCCCCGCAGAGCUGAUGGGCUUUCUUCUGGGAAAGUCGAGCCACUGAUGGAAGCGAGAAACCACUGCUGGUUAUAGAGGGAAAGCACAUCCACCCAUCUGCCCCGGCUUGGGGCCACCACCCUGCGCCGCAGACCCGCGGACUGAGCCUGCAGGCGCGCAGAUCGUUCCCUCUUCUCUCAGGCGGUGGAGGCGCGGGCGCUGUCCAGCGUGCUGAAGCCGGAGCGAGCGAGCCGCUCGGAGCUGCGCCGACCCAGCUGAGCCCAGCCCACUGGACGCCAGACUGCGACCGUCGCUCAUACCCCAGCCACCUCUCGGAGCCCAGGCGGACGCGUCCCGAUCUUCCCCUGCCCCACCCCGCCCCGACCCUCCUCUCCAACUCCCGCAUCGUGACACCAGCUGUCUCCGGCAGCCUCUUGGUCAUGAAAUCCCUCAGGUUGCCGAUUUCCACCCUCUUCUGCUUCCUUCUACUGAUCAAGGGGUUAGGAGCAGCGCCCCCGGGUCGCCCUGAGGCGCAGCCUCCUCCCCUCAGCUCUGAGCAUAAAGAGCCAGUAGCUGAGGACGCAGUGCCCCGGCAAAAGGAUGGCAGCGCCCUAGAGGUCCGAGCUGCUCGAAAUUCCGAGCCGCAGGACGAGGGAGAGCUUUUCCAGGGCGUGGAUCCCCGGGCGCUGGCCGCGGUGCUGCUGCAGGCACUCGACCGCCCAGCCUCGCCCCCCGCGCCAGGCGGCUCCCAGCAGGGGCCAGCGGAAGAAGCAGCUGAAGCUCUGCUGACAGAGACCGUGCGCAGCCAGACCCACAGCCUCCCGGCGCCAGAGACCAAGGAGCCUGCGGCUCCGCCUCGCCCUCAGACUCAGGAGAAUGGGCCCGAGGCGGGCGACCCCUCCGAAGAGCUCGAGACACUAGCGUCUCUGCUCCAGGAACUGCGAGAUUUCAGUCCAAGUAGCGCUAAGCGCCAGCAAGAGACAGCGGCAGCAGAGACGGAAACCCGCACGCACACGCUGACCCGAGUCAAUCUGGAGAGCCCGGGGCCGGAGCGCGUGUGGCGCGCUUCCUGGGGAGAGUUCCAGGCGCGCGUCCCAGAGCGCGCGCCCCUGCCGCCCCCGGGCCCCUCGCAAUUCCAGGCGCAUAUGCCUGAGAGCGGGCCCCUUCCCGAAACCCACCAGUUCGGGGAUGGAGAUACCUCCCCCAAAACACACCUAGGCGAGGCAUUGGCACCUUUGUCCAAGGCGUACCAAGGCCUGGGUGCCCCCUUCCCCAAGGCGCGCCGGCCUGAGAGCUCACUCCUGGGCGGCUCUGAGGCGGGAGAGCGCCUUCUACAGCAAGGGCUGGCGCAGGUAGAGGCCGGGCGGCGGCAAGCGGAGGCCACGCGGCAGGCCGCGGCGCAGGAAGAGCGGCUGGCCGACCUCGCCUCCGACCUGCUGCUCCAGUAUUUGAUGCAGGGCGGGGCCCGGCUGCGCAGCCUAGGGGGUGGGGGGCUUCAGGAGGCGGCGGAGGAGCAAGAGAGCGAAAGGGAGGAGGAGGAGGCGGAGCAGGAGAGACGCGGCGGGGAGGAGAGGGUGGAGGAAGAGGAUGAGGAGGCGGCAGAGGCAGAGGCGGAGGCGGAGGAGGCGGAGAGGGCGCGGCAGAACGCGCUACUCUUCGCGGAGGAGGAGGACGGGGAAGCCGGAGCCGAGGACAAGCGCUCCCAGGAGGAGACGCCGGGACACCAGCGGAAGGAUGAGGGGGCACAGGAGGGCGGGGAGGAGGACGAUGACGAGGAGAUGGACCCGCAGACGAUCGAUAGCCUCAUUGAGCUGUCCACCAAACUCCACCUGCCCGCUGACGACGUGGUCAGCAUCAUCGAGGAGGUGGAGGAGAAGCGGAAGCGGAAGAAGAACGCCCCUCCCGAGCCCGUACCGGCCCCCCGAGCCGCCCCUGCCCCUACCCACGUCCGCUCCCCGCAGUCCCCACCCCCGGUUCCCGCCCCUGCUCGAGACGAGCUGCCCGACUGGAACGAGGUGCUCCCGCCCUGGGAUCGGGAGGAGGACGAGGUAUUUCCCCCAGGGCCCUAUCACCCUUUUCCAAACUAUAUCCGGCCUCGGACACUGCAGCCACCCUCAGCCUCUCGCCGCCGCCACUAUCACCACGCCUUGCCACCUUCGCGCCACUAUCCCGACCGGGAGGCCCAGGCGCGGCGCGCGCAGGAAGAGGCAGAGGCAGAGGAGCGCAGGCUGCAGGAGCAGGAGGAGCUGGAGAAUUACAUCGAGCACGUGCUGCUCCGGCGCCCGUGACCCGCCCCGGCCCCGCCCCCGCGCGCCCCCCGCGCGCGCCACUCCCCCCUCCGUGUCGUCCUCUCCCUUCUUGGUGUUUGCAUGCGCCCUGGCCCCGCCCCUCGGCCACCACCCGGCCCCGCCUCCGCCCCGCCCCCGAGCUGUGCCGGGACCUGUCGGACCUCUUCCUGUGGCCCGAACUCCCAAAACUCACUCACCAGUGACUCGGGGCCAGCCCAGGCGGGCAGGUGGUUUGUGCGAGUUCCCUCCCCCUGAGGGACGGGACGGCCCCGUCCAAAACCGGAAAAAGCAGUUCCAGUUAAUUGUGUGAAGUGUGUCUGUCUUCAGCCCUUGGGGCCUCCCAGAACCUCUCCACCCACUCCCAAGUCGCUGUGAAUUUACCCCUCUUUCCUUUCUCUGUUGUAAAUACCCCUCACGGAGGAAAUAGUUUUGCUAAGAAAUAAAAGUGACUAUUUUAUUAGGA